UAUCGACAUAUGAAGCGCCACCAAAGUCUUUGCACCAAAGUCAAAAAGUUUGUUCUUGGUUAUUUUAUACAAAGUUUAUUUAUCAGUUUUUUCUUCAAGAUGUUUUCGAAUUGUAUAAAAAAAAAUUGAAAUCAUGGGAGAACCUGCAUCAAGUCGAUUUGAAAAAUCUUUAGGUUUGUUAACAACGAAGUUCGUUGCUUUAUUACAAGGUUCAACUGGUGGUGUAUUGGAUCUGAAAAUUGCUGCAGAUAUACUAGCUGUGAGACAAAAACGUCGAAUUUAUGAUAUAACCAAUGUAUUAGAAGGAAUUGGCCUGAUAGAAAAGAAAAGCAAGAACAGUAUUCAAUGGAAACCAUAUGCAUGCAAAUGUUUACCAGGAACAAAUUCACAGGAGUUUUCUGUGAAAGUUUCACAACUCAAAAAGGAGCUUGCAAAAUUAAGUGAUUAUGAACAUGAACUAGACUUACAUAGGCUGUGGAUUGAACAGAGCAUAAGGAAUACAACAGAAGAUUUAGAAACUAAAAAAUUUUUAUAUGUAGAAGAUGAAGACUUUGCAGACAUUUAUGAUAGUAAUGACAGAGUUUUGAUUGUGAAUGCACCAGUGAAUAAAUGUAGUGUUAAAUUACAACCUUCCACUGAUCUGUUUCAUCUGAAAGUUACUUCUUCCACCACACCUAUUGCUACAAAUCUAUUAUGUGACUCUCUACAAACAAAAAAUGGAUUAUCCAGGAAAAGACCAAUUCUGUUCCAGGGAAAACAUGAAAUUAGUGAUGAACCAGAGAUUAAGAAAAUAAAUUCCAGCCAAACAGUUCUCAGUGAUGAAGAUCCUGAUCUUAUAACAGCAGAAAUACUGUUCAAAAAACACACUAGCAGAGAUAUGAACUAUGAAAUUUCUUCAAGUGACACAAAAAAUAGAUAUUCCUUCAUUCCUCUCAGUCCAUUGACAAUUAAUGAAGACUACAACUUUGGACUUUUAGAUUGUGAGGGUGCUAAUGAAUUAUUUGAUAUAAAUUCAACUUAUAGCACUGUUGAUCUUAAUUUAUGAAAACCCCAUGAAAACCUCUUUUUCAAAUUUUGUUGAUUGAGUGGUGAAUGUUUCCUUUAUUUUCAUACUAUAGAAAUUGUUAUAAGUUUGUACAUUAUGAAUCAAUAA